UUACAGUGAAAUGCUUACCUGGUGCCUAUGCUAUGUUGAGCGGAGUCAUCAAUGAGGUCACACUAUCUAUGUCCAUAGAUGAUAUUAAAGAAAAUGUACAGAUAGGAUUCCUUAGUUUCAAUGUUUGAGAAUUUGUCCCAAAUGCACUGCAUUGUCACUGACUUUGAAUAAAGCCAGAGUUUCUAUGUAUGUGGAUGACUCAACACUAUACACGUCAGCUACUACAGCGACUGCAACACUCAACAAAGAGCUGCAGUUCGUUUCAGAGUGGGUGACAAGGAAUACGUUAGCCCUAAAUAUUUCUAAAACUAAAAGCAUUAAACAAAACACUCACUAAACCCUAAACCUCAACUAAAUCUUUUAAUAAAUAAUGUGGAAAUUGAGCAAGUUGAGAUGACUAAACUGCUUGGAGUAACACUAGAUUGUAAACUGUCAUGGUCAAAACAUAUUGACGCAGUCGUAGCUAAGAUGGGGAGAAGUCUGUCUAUAAUAAAGCGAUGCUCUGCCUUAACAACACUAUCAACAAGGCAGGUCCUACAGGCCCUAGUUUUGUCAUGUAUCAUGUAUUUAUUUAUUUAUUUUGCUCCUUUGCACCCCAUUAUUUCUAUUUCUACUUUGCACAUUCUUCCACUGCAAAUCUACCAUUCCAGUGUUUUACUUGCUAUAUUGUAUUUACCUCGCCACCGUGGCCUUUUAUUGCCCUUAUCUCACCUCAUUUGCUCACAUUGUAUAUAGACUUAUUUUUCUACUGUAUUAUUGACUGUAUGUUUUGUUUAUUCCAUGUGUAACUCUGUGUUGUUGUAUGUGGCGAAUUGCUAUGCUUUAUCUUGGCCAGGUCGCAGUUGCAAAUGAGAAUGUGUUCUCAACUAUCAUAUCUGGUUAAAUAAAGGUGAAUUUUGUUAUAUAUUUUUUUAUGUGGUCAGGUGCCACAAAAAAAGGACUUAGGAAAAUUGCAAUUGGCUCAGAAUAGGGCAGCACGGCUGGCUCUUGGAUGUACACAGAGAGCUAAUAUUAAUAAUAUGCAUGUCAAUCUCUCCUGGCUUAAAGUGGAGGAGAGAUUGACUUCAUCAGUACUUUUAUUUAUGAGAUGUAUUGACAUGUUGAAUGCACCGAGCUGUCUGUCUAAACUACUGCCACACAGCACGGACACACAUGCAUACCCCACAAGAAAUGCCACAAGAGUCUCUUCACAGUCCCCAAGUACAGAACAGACUAUGGGAGGCACACCGUACUACAUAGAGCCAUGACUACAUGGAACUCUAUUCCACAACAAGUAACUGACGCAAAAACAUCUUAUGGAACAGUGGGGACUGUGAAGCAAAACAAACAUGGGCACAGACACAUGCAUACGCACCCACACACACACAAACGAUAACAUACGCACUAUACAUACACAUGGAUUUAGUACUGGAGAUAUGUGGUAGUGGUGGAGUGCCUGAGGGCACACAGUGUGUUGUGAAAUCUGUGAAUGUAUUGUGUUUUAAAAUUGUAUAAACUUCCUUCAUUUUGCUGGACCCCAGGAAGAGUAGCUGCUGCUUUGGCAGCAUAUUAAAUACAAAAAAUACAAAUUGUUUUAAAUGCCAAAGAAUGGGACAUGAAGCUGCUCAGUGUAAAGGAAAGAAAAGAUGUGCCAAGUGCAGAGAGGAACAUGAUUACGGUGAUUGUGGAAGCAAUGUGAAGGUUAAGUGCUGUAAUUGUAGGGGAGAACACAGUGCAGCAUUUGGUGGAUGCCAGGUGCAGAGAGAGGUUAGAGAUUUCCAGAGAUAUAGGAUCAGUCAUAAUGUGCAGAGGCUGUAAGACAUGUUGGUAGAACUACACUGCGGACUGAUGGAGCUUACAUGGAUGUUCCUGUAGUAGCAACUGUAGUCAUUGCUUCUACUGGUCUUGGCAUGGUUUUGAGGCCUGCUCAUAAAAUCUUGAAAUCAUGAAUGUGCGGUGUCAAAUGACACUUUGAUAAUUAAUAAAGUUGACUUCAUAGCUUUAAUUGGUAAGGUUAUCAAUACAACUCGGUUGUGGAAAGCAGAAAACGCAGGAUGAAGGUUAAUGUGGAGAUGGCAGAAGAGAUAUUGUGGGUAACAUACGUUACUGUUGAAAUGGUUGCUGACAUGCUGAACACUCCUAAGGGUGGAUUUUUUCAGCAUAAUAUAGAUCAAGUUUAAUGGGGUUGGGCAGUUUUUUGGGGGAGAGGGUGUGGUAGAAGUUAGUAGGGAUUUAUUUGGUUUAGAAUUUUCAUGGUGGUAUAGAAUUGGGCAGAUAAUGAUUGAUCGGACAUUCAAGCACAGUAGGUGACUACAUUCACUUUAAACAUUUGUUUGCAGUCUGCCAUGAUAUCAUAGAAGAAGCAAAAAAAGAAGUGCUGUGGUCUGUCUUGGGUUAGUUAUAAACACCUUUGAUCCAGGCCUUACAAAAAAAGAUUUGAGUUUUGAAACUGCAGUCAAAGUGCAGUAACUGCAGUCGACUAUGGUAUUUUGGACGCAGUAAUUGCAGAAUAACUCUAGUAGUUAUACUGCACUCUAAAAUCACUGCAGUAAAAAAAUGUUAUUUUGGACGCAGUAUUUGUCGCAUACUGCAGUUAUACUACACCCUGACUGCAAUCUUUUUUCAUAAUGGAGCUUUUGUCAAAUUAAAGUCAGAUUUGACUUUUCACAGCAGGUUAAGAGAACUUAGGGAGCAGGUUAGGAUAAUACAUGUAGCAGGUUAAGAGAAUUAGGUAAAUGUUUAGAAAAGGUUUAGGGUUAGUUAAAAUCCCCCCAAAUUCUACUUUUGACGUUCAUUUGACUAAAGCUGGAUCCCUUAAGAUUCCUGGUGUUUGUGAUGCUCGUCAUUUGGUGCGACGCAGACAGGGUGGCGUGAGUGGUGAAAAAGAAGAAUCGGUCUGUCCUUUUCAGUUUUGAUGUUGAGUCUUUGCCUGACAUAGUGAUGAUAGGAAAUAUAAGUUAUCCCGUGUGUAACGGAUGUGAAAUGGCUAGCUAGUUAGCGGGUACGCGCUAGUAGCAUUUCAAUCAGUUACGUCACUUGCUCUGAGACUUAAGUAGUGUUGCCCCUUGCUUUGCAAGGGCCGUGGCCUUUGUGGAGCGAUGGGUAACGACCGUGCUUCGUGGGCAACCGUUGUUGAUGUGUGCAGAGGGUCCCUGGUUCGCGCCCGUGUCGGGGCGAGGGGACGGUUUAAAGUUAUACUGUUACAUUGAUGCUGUUGACCCGGAUCACUGGUUGCUGCGGAAAAGGAGGAGGUUGAAAGGGGGGUGAGUGUAACGGAUGUGAAAUGGCUAGCUAGUUAGCGGGUACGCGCUAGUAGCAUUUCAAUCAGUUACGUCACUUGCUCUGGGACUUAAGUAGUGUUGCCCCUUGCUUUGCAAGGGCCGCGGCUUUUGUGGAGCGAUGGGUAACGACGCUUCGUGGGUGUCAGUUGUUGAUGUGUGCAGAGGGUCCCUGGUUCGCGCCCGUGUCGGGGCGAGGGGACGACGUAAAGUUACUACUGUUACACGUGCAAGCUUUUGUGCCGAAUACAUUACGUUGUUACAGGUGUCAAGCUUAUGGGCAUGUCACAGCAGUAUGUAGGAGGGAGGUUCCUAGGUGUGAGAAAUGUGCAGAAGGGCAUGAGACAAAGGAAUGUGUAGCACUGGGGAAAGUAGUGGUAUGUGUUAAUUGUAGGGGUGUCCAUGAGGAUGGGGAUCAAAAAUGUCUGGUCAAGAAAGGCAGGUUGAGGUUUCCAGGUUUUAGAGUAGUGCAGAAGUUGUCUUAUGCUGAGGCAGUGAAGAAAGUUGAGGUGGUGGUGGCAGCUGCAGAGAGGUAUUUGGGUGUGCGAGACUUGACGUCAGAAGAGUUACAGGGUGUGUUAAGUGGUGGUGUCCCAUCCUUUCAGGCUGUUGGCCUUAGGUAGAACUGAAUAGAUUUAAAUAGUGGAGUAGGUUGGUAGGUUUAGAUGGUAGGGUAUUUUUUUGUUUUUAAUUUAAAGAUUCAAGCGAAGUAUAAGGGAGUUAUACUCCAGUGUAGUAGGUGGCGGAAAUGCUAAAUGUAUUUGAUGCCAACCGCCGUUGAACCUCAAAGAAGAAGAAUGAGCUGGAUCCCUUCAAGCAAUGACCGGUUUCCACUCGUCUUCCCAUGAUGCAACGCACUGAGUGGAAUUUUUCAAAACGAGUCAGCGAUGGCGGAACAAACAGGCAGGGAGGUGGUAACGGGGAGCGUAGAGACAACGAAUACAUUCACAAAUGAUCACAACCUCCGAUCAAAAAUGUGUCUCCCAACUUCGCAAGGAAAAGGGGUCAACAUACACAUUAAAUCCGACACCAAAUGUAACGUCCCGAGCCGGACAAACGACUUCUCAGACGAACAAUCAGCUACGGAAACCUCGGGGCGACUAUCCCAGGAAACACCGACAACAACAAGCAAAUAUCCGUCAUCCGCAGACAGUACCUGUCAGGUUAUCACUGAGACCAGCAGCACAGACACAGCCACCACUCUCCCCCCUCUGACCCCCUCCAAGCAGGCUGAGGCUGAUGAUGCAGCGACACUACGGAGGGCCAGGGAGGAGGGCCGUGUGGAGGUAGUCUUCCCAGGCUUGGUCACACAGGAGGCCUGCUGCCGCUUCGUCAGUGAGAUACUGAAGUGUAUCCUUUACCAAAGACAACAGCUGCCCAUGACCUAUGACCAGCUGGUUUACUCUCAGAAGAGACAGCAAGCUGCCAUGCAGAAUGAGGAGGCGGUGGGCUGGAGGCCCGGUCAGUCCACUGCAGAAGGCCUGGACUGGAGGAGGUGCCAGCGUACCCUCCAAGACCUUGAGCAGGUGCUACAACAACUGGAAGUGCUCUUCUCCCUCUCCCUGGUCCCCCGUGUGCUCCUCCUGCUCGGCGGCUCCCUCCUCCUUCCCAAGGAGCUGUACGAAGUCAACAUGGAGGAUGUGAUACUAGCCACCGGCGACCGGAGCCUACGCGUCUCCUCGUGUUUGCGCCAAGUCUUCCGCACGCUCUUCGUGGCCGACCUGUUGUCUGACGCUAAACCUGUCCGGCUCACAGCCACGACGGUCAUGGUUCUGGCCCAUAGGGACUGUGGCGUGGGGUGGUUUCGGCCCAAGCUGGAUUUCAAGGUCCCCACACGGGUGAAGAGCCAGGUUAUUUCUCUGUCUUGUGACCCCAGUAGUGUCUCUGGGUCUGAGGGAGGAGGGCAGACUGCCUGGCAGGACUAUGUGUGGUUUCAGGCCCCCUUGACUAUCAAAGGCUUCAGCAAGUGACAAGGAAGGUAAUCUAACCCACAGCCAUAGCAUAAUAUGAGAUGAGACAAGGUCCUGUAUUCAGAGUCUGAAAGUAAGAGUGCUAAUCUAGGAUCAGGUCCCCCCUGUUUAAAUAAUCCUACUCGUACUGAUCUGAAGGCAAAACUGGGCCCGUCUUUAUGAAGUGUCUCAGAGUAGGAGUGCUGAUCUAGGUUCAGUUUGACCUUUUGGAUCACAAUGACUAACAUUAUAUGGACCUAGGGCACCUGAUCCUAGAUCAGCACUCUGAGACCAUUUGUGAAUAUGGACCUGUGUAAAAGCAGCCCAAGUGUUGACCGAGUGGAUUUACACAUUUGCCAUACCUCUCUUUCAGGGACACCUGUCUCUCUGGCUGCAUUUACACAGGCAGUCCAGUUCUGAUCUUGUUUUCACUAAUUGGUCUUUUGACCAAUCAGAUCAGCUCUGAAAAAGAUCUCAUGUGAAAUUGAAAAAUUAUCAAAAUUGUGCUGCCUGUGUAAACACAGCGUAUGUAACCCUGAGCCUAGUCCAGGGACUGUUUUUAUUACAAUUCAUAUGAAAGCUGUCGGGAUCUGUACAGAAUUUUUUAUUAAUUAUGUUGUCUUUUAGCUAUGUAUUUACUUUUAGCUUGGCUAUGUGCUGUAAUGAAAGCAGUGUUGGUGCUGUUACUGUGUAUAAUAUAGCCUUCUAAAAAAUGUUAUGGACAGUAUGCCUACUUUUCAUCUGGUUGAGACGCAACACUAGCUGUACCUGUAUUGUACAUUCACGUGUCAUGGUUUUCAAUUGCUUAAAAAUGGAGGUCUGAAACAAUCUUUUGUAAAUAUACAGUGCUGUUUGUCAGUUUUAGCAUGAUCACUAAAUGAUUUCAGGUUAAUUUGAAUUGUACACAUCUGCAGCUAAAAGCUGAAUUAUAGUAUACAUCCCAGGACUAGACUUAUUCUGGGAAACCAGCCCCACCAAUAUUAGACACUACAAAAGACUUAACAAGCCAGACAUUACAGGGUUGUCACAAUAGAUGUGAUUACAGCAGUAGUGCAUUAUUGCAACAAGGACAGGAGAAGGAAAGAGCUGAAACAUCUGAUUAUAUGUUGCUUCCACAGUUCUUGUUCAAUAUGGAAGACAUUUGUAACCUGAAUGUGUUAGUGCUGGUCAAUUAUGUUUUGACUGAUAGUGCACAUUAUCAAAUGACUAAGCUUUAUUCAUAUUACAUUGAUCUUAAAUUAUAAUAGCAUUGUUUGACAGAGUAUUUCAAAUAUUGACUUGAUAAGACAGUUUGAUUUUGAGCUUUGAUAACAGUAUAAAAGGGUUUUAGAGAAA